UAAGACUUAUAUUUCUAUUUAAAACCUCUUUUCAAUAUUAUUUCAUCCUUGUUUUAAUUAAUUCUGUAGUCACAAAAAAUUCACCAGCGAAAAUUGUUUUAAAUGUGUGUAUUUAUUAUGCAUUUUUAAUUUUCAGAAAUUGCAUUGCCUUUAAGUGUGCACAAGCUGUUUUGACUGUAAGGUCGUUGACUUACAAUGAACAUUUGAGUCAGAGUUAUGCUAUAGACUGUAUGCUGGAACCAAUAUUUUGGUUUGUUGACAAUUUUGCUUCUUGUUUGGGAAAGGUGUUUGUUUUCUGUGUGAGUGUUCUCACUGCUGCUGUGGUUCUUAUUGCAUAUUGGGUCGGUUUACCAUAUUGGUGGCAGCGCAAUCCACAAUUUACUAUUUUCCUAGUGAUUUGUGGUAACUGGUUGUUGUUAAAUAUUAUUUUUCACUAUAUUAUGGGGGUUGUUACCCCUCCAGGAUAUCCGCCUACGGCUGCAAGAAUAGCUAAUGCAGUUGCCAUUUGUAAAAAAUGUAUCACCCCAAAGCCACCACGUACCCAUCAUUGCUCAGUGUGCGAUCGUUGCAUUUUGGGCAUGGAUCAUCAUUGUCCCUGGCUAAACAAUUGUGUAGGAUAUUUCAAUGCAAGAUAUUUCUACUUGUAUAUGGUCUACAUGGUUGUUGGAGUAACGUUUCUCAUAGUUGCUGGCUUCGAUAUUGGCUUUAAUGUACUGUGGCUAAAUGAUACAGGUGGAAUCAUUCCAAACAAUGACCCGGAUCUAAUAGGUCAUCCUGUACGUAUCAAUAAAACCGGUGCUUUAGUUCCAAUCAAGGUUAUAGUUGAAUAUGAUUCUAUAAAUUUUCCUAGAGAGCAUGAUUUACCAAUUCCACCGAUCACCGAGUCUCAGCGGAUUUGCGCUCAUCCAUGGAAAAGGAAAGCCGUAUUCUUUAUGGCGGUCACUUGUCUUUCAGUGUUUUUUGCUCUCGGAACUUUAGUAAUAAUGCAUGGAAAACACAUAAGUCACGGCGAAACAAGUGUCGAAGCGCACAUAAACGCGUCUAUACGUAAGAUAGACAAGAGGUAUAAGAAUCCAUAUAACUUUGGCAAGAAAAAGAACUGGAAACUGUUUCUGGGGUUGAUUCAAGGUAGAACUUUCUGGAGAAAUGUUCUCUUACCGUCAAAACAUGCACCCAUCGGUAACGGUGUGACAUGGCAUUCUGUAUAUAAUAUGCACGAGGAUUGGCCUUAACUGGUAAAUAUAGUCAUAACUCUGUAAGUUAUUAGUUAAGUAUGUAUAAUUAGAUAUAUAUGCCACCAUAAAUAUAGCAAAAUUAUUAUAGGUAGUAAACCACAGAAAUAUAUCU